GCCUCCUGGCGGCGCUGGUCCCAGUUCGGGUUCGGGCUCGGUCCUCCGGCCUGUCCUCCCGGGUUGGUCCCGGUCUCUAUUGCUCAGAGUUUGAGGCCCAGGCGGUGGCUGGAUUUGUCCCGGGCACCGAGACAGUGAAAUGGCAGCGGCGGCGGCGCAACAACCGCCGGCCGGCCUGAGCCUGGAGCAGGCGAAAGUGGUUUUGGCUGAAGUGAUUAAGGCCUUCAGUUCCCCCGAGAAUGCCAUCAGGAUGGAGGAGGCUCGCGACAACGCCUGCAACGACAUGGGCAAGAUGCUGCAGUUUGUACUGCCUGUGGCAACCCAGAUCCAGCAGGAUGUUAUCAAAUCGUAUGGCUUCAGUAAUGACGGAGAAGGUGUGCUGAAGUUUGCGCGGAUCGUCAAGACCUACGAAGGACAGGACCCCGAGAUAGCAGCCAUGUCCGCCAAGCUCAAGUCCAUGUUUCUGCCCCCGAUGAUGGUGCCUCCCCACAGCGCAGGAAUCUCCGCGUCGUGACUGCUCCGGAGAGGCGGGGAGCUGGGGUCUCUCGACGGAGGUGGCAUCCGCGGCCGUGACCUUAUCCUUCAAUCGCUUCUCUCCAGCGCCACUUGGACUGCAGACGCUAUUUCUGACCACACCCGCCCCCUGGCGCUGUUCAGCCUGUUCCCACCCCAACACCUCCCCCACCACCACCAUUUGGUAUCGACGGGGCUGUCCGGGUUGCCCGCGAUUCGAAUCUCCGCCCAGAGCACUUCCGCUCGAACAACUGAGCGAGCGGGAGGGCCGCGCGGCUCCAGCAGGUGAAGAGGCCGCCAGGUGUGUGCCACCGUGCUGUGCCGGCCCCUCACCAGCCAAGGCGCCCCCUUCCCAGGUUUGGCUCCUCCGGGCUGGGCAGGCCGAGCUGAAGGUGGGUGGGGUGGGGGGGGCAUUCCUGCCGGCGCCGACCCCUCCCCCACCUCACCCUCCCCCGCUCGGAUUUCUCGUGUGUAAGUAAGGACGUGGCUCGGCCGUGACAUGGCCUGUGGUCGUCUAGUGGCCGACACACUCCGGGGCCCCUCGGGAAGGGGAGGGCUGCCGGCUUUACAAUCCCCCCCCCCCGAUAUUGACUUCGGCCAAGAGAGUGAAAUUCGUAUCAAAGCAGCCUGGCACCUGAUUGCCACCAGCGUUGGGGCGAGACAUCACCCGCAAGGAUGCAGCUUUUUCCUGCUACCCUCACCUAAGGACCCUGCCUGCUUCCAGGAUCGCCCGCUUGCGAUUAGCUGCAAGGGGGAGGAGAUGCGUGAAGGAACUUUUGAAUGUUCUGCCAUUCACCUCACCGCAGCCUCUU